AUGGACUUCAAGAUGUCCUUGCCACGUGGAUCGAAACAUUUAACCUCUGAAGAUCCUGUAAAGUCUGCAACCGUCUCAGUCCAGCCUGCUGUGCAGAAACCCAACGGUCUUUCGCUGAAUUCCUCCAGAGGCCCGGUUCAGCCCGCCUCUGCUCUGUUCCAGCAGCUCGUCCAGAUCCCUUUGAGUGUCUCUCCUGACUCUGUUGAUGACAUGUACCAUGGCUGCUCUGACAGGAUGCUCAUCAAGGUGAAGCGUCACUACUUACCAAGGAGCACCAGGGAAGGUCUGCACACCACAUUCACCGAGCUUUGUGCUCUCAGAGCCAUGCACAACAAGGAUUUCUACGACCAGCUGUCCUUGGAUCACUUCAGGGCCCUGUGUGCCUACACAGCAGGGUCCUACGCCGACCUGAACCGAGCCGUUCGCGGAGGGAAGGACUCCUACAGGACUUCUUUUGAAUUUCAUGCUCUGCACUUCCUGCUCUCUGAUGCCAUCAGGCUGCUGAAAGUCAACCAAAGGAGCUGCUACACGAGCUUCAGAAGAAGCAAACUGUUGUUCACCGGGAAACCUGGUCAGAACAUGCGCUUUGGCUCCUUUGCUUCCAGUUCUCUGAACAGGGAGCUGAGGCAUUUUGGAGAGAAGACGUGCUUUGAAAUACACACGUGUUACGGGGCUUACCUGAAGUCCUACUCAGAGCUGGACUCUGAUGAGGAGGAAGUGCUGAUUCCUCCGUAUGAGAUGUUUAACAUCGUCUCUGCUGACACGUCAGGAGUGAACCACUGUGAUGUUUUGUACAAGCUGGAAACAGCUGGGAUUUACAGCCAUCUCAACUGUCAGGUCGUACAAACACACAGGCACAUGGACAAUAUCAAUACUAUGUUUGUGUAA